AUGCGAUUGCCAAUGGAAGUUAAGACUUCGCCUCAUCAGAUUAUUGACAUGGAUAUGAAAACUCCACCACACAAUAAUUCCGCUGUUCAACCUGCGAAUUUGUCUCAAUCGAACUCUGACAAUUAUCGUCAUUCCACUAUUCAUCAACAAAUUCAACAUCAGCCAAAUCAGCAGCAACAACAGCAUAUGUUACAGCAAACUGUUCAAGAUUUACCUUCAAUUAAUCGAAAAGGUUCUGCUGGUUCUAUUUCUCCCCGCUCUUGUAAUAGAACGGAAGGUCAGGGCGUUUCUGCCACUGUCUGCGCCAAUUGUGGUACGACAACAACGCCACUUUGGAGGAGGGCUCCUAACGGAGAGACGAUUUGUAAUGCUUGUGGACUCUAUCUCAAGGCAAGAAAUACUGUUCGCCCACCUUGGUUGAAACGUAAUGCUAUCAAGAAAUCAACUCCUGCUGUCACUGAAACUCCUGAUAAUACCACCAAUGGCACUUGCCCCGGUGAUGGUCAUUGUGAUGGAACUGGUGGCUCCAGCUCUUGUGAUGGUUGCCCUGCUUUCAACCAACAUCAAGUUAAUCGUCAAGCCUUGAUCUGCGCGAAUUGUGGUACAAACACCACUCCUUUGUGGAGAAGGGACGAAUCUGGGAAUACUAUUUGUAAUGCUUGUGGUUCGUAUUUAAAAUUUAUGUUUAAAAGAUAUAUUUAA